AUGUCGGGGACCCGAGCCUCUAACGACCGGCCCCCCGGCACGGGCGGCGUCAAGCGGGGGCGGCUGCAGCAGGAGGCGGCGGCGACGGGCUCCCGGGUGACCGUGGUGCUGGGCGCACAGUGGGGGGACGAGGGCAAAGGCAAGGUGGUGGACUUGCUGGCCACGGACGCCGACAUCAUCAGCCGCUGCCAGGGGGGCAACAAUGCUGGCCACACCGUGGUGGUGGACGGCAAGGAGUACGACUUCCACCUGCUGCCCAGCGGCAUCAUCAACACCAAGGCUGUGUCCUUCAUCGGCAAUGGGGUGGUUGUCCACUUACCAGGCUUGUUUGAAGAAGCAGAAAAGAAUGAGAAGAAAGGUCUGAAGGACUGGGAGAAGAGGCUCGUCAUCUCCGACCGAGCCCACCUCGUGUUUGAUUUUCACCAGGCUGUCGAUGGGCUGCAGGAGGUGCAGCGGCAGGCCCAGGAGGGGAAGAACAUUGGCACCACGAGGAAGGGGAUCGGACCAGCCUACUCUUCCAAGGCGGCCCGCACGGGCCUCCGCGUCUGCGACCUCCUGUCAGACUUCGACGAAUUUUCCACCAGAUUCAAGAACCUGGCCCAUCAGCACCAGUCCAUGUUCCCCACCUUGGAAAUAGACGUUGAGGGUCAACUCAAAAGGCUCAAGGGCUUUGCCGAGCGGAUCCGACCCAUGGUCCGAGAUGGCGUUUACUUUAUGUACGAGGCACUCCACGGCCCCCCCAAGAAAAUCCUCGUGGAAGGCGCCAACGCAGCCCUCCUCGACAUCGACUUCGGGACCUACCCCUUUGUGACGUCCUCCAACUGCACCGUGGGCGGUGUGUGCACAGGCCUGGGCAUCCCCCCGCAGAACGUGGGCGAAGUCUAUGGCGUGGUGAAGGCCUACACCACACGCGUGGGCAUCGGGGCCUUCCCCACCGAGCAGAUCAACGAGAUCGGAGACCUGCUACAGAGCCGCGGCCACGAGUGGGGGGUAACCACGGGCAGGAAGAGGCGCUGUGGCUGGUUGGACCUGAUGAUUCUGAGAUACGCCCACAUGCUCAACGGAUUUACUGCGCUGGCCUUAACGAAGCUGGACAUCCUGGAUGCCCUGGACGAGAUUCAAGUCGGCAUCUCGUAUAAGCUGAACGGGAAAAGGAUCCCCUACUUCCCGGGCUGUUCAAGACCUGACUGAGGUUUCUGCUACCACACGUCCGUUCUUUUAAAAACUGUGACGGCAACGCUGUUCUCCUGGAUUUCACAGUUACUGAUGCAUCUGGACCAGGCUCACGUUCUGACCCCACUCCCAUGGGCGACUUCCUCCCCACAACCGUGGGGAGCUGCCCUCGCUCUCCUCCGAGCACACAAGUGUAGACCCACCAGCGCCACUUGGCUAUGGGAGCCGCAUGUGCCCUGUCGGCCAGUGUCCCCCAGCCCUGCUGACCCCUGACCUUUGAGAGGGCACAGCAGGAGUGUGGCAUGACCUCUGGGGGUCCAGGGCCCAGGGGAACAUGCAAACUCGGAGCACACUGAGGCUCAACGCUUGCAGUGGACAGCAUUUUCCAGCAUCUUCUCUCAAUAAGGGGUGGUUGGCAUCUGCUGUGAGCCUCGGAGUCCCGGCCAAGUGGAAUCCCUGCCCUGGUGGGAGUGGGGGGAUAGGUCCUUCAGGAUCCCUGAACACUUCAGAUCCUAGAGCCCCUUAGAAUUUCCAGGCAGGGUCCUUAGGGGUCCUCAGCUGAGUCACCCGUGGAUGUUCCAGCAGAGCACAUAGUGAAUCCCUGUCCAGGGUGGACGUGUCCCCCUGGUCUGGAAGGGGUACAGCCAGUGUCAGAGAAUGGCUCCCCAACCCUGAGAAAACCAAGCAGGGCAACUUGCCUUCCUCACUGCUGAGCCCGCUCGGGCAAGCAGGCCCUGGGCUGGGGGUCCCAAGCCACCCAGUGUCUGCUCCAGGGAUGGAGCGGACGUCUGCAAGACAUUAUCCCGCCCCUGUGUCUUCCCCCAGCUAACCAGGAGAUACUGCAGAAGGUCGAGGUCGAAUACGAGACACUGCCUGGGUGGAAAGUGGACACCA